AAUGUCAAGUUCAUUUCUUCAUUUGAGGACUCUGUUGUUGUCUUAUAAGAUGAUUAUAUGAAUAUUUCUUUACAAUUUUAAUUGAAAGUAUUGUUCAAAGAGAUUCAGGAUGACUUAAUGGACGUCCUAUCAGACAAUUAAGAGAACAACUAUAUAAAUCAUGUAACCUGUAUAUUGUUUCACGUGUAAUUUUAUUUGAAAUAAAGGAAGAUACAUAGCAUCAUAUUUGGAGACCAUCUAGACAAGACAACUUGAAGCAAGACUUUCUAAAAAGGGGUCCAUCAAGGAAUGGACCAAAUUCAUGACUCUGUAGCAUGGUAUCAGAAAAAGAUUGGUCUUCAUGAUAAACAAUUGUGGGAACAGAGUGUAGAUCGUAAAGUUUUAAGGGGUAUCAGAAAUGCUCCAAGAAGAUCAGUAAGAGCCAAAACUGAGUUCAUAGAUGUUGAUUUAAUUAGAGGUUCCACAUUUACGAGAGCCAAGCCACAGGUAUCAUGGACGUACAUAGCACACAAAGCUAUAAGUCGUGUAUUGUUCUUUCCCUUUCAUUAUAAAUGGUGGUUACAGCAGACAUCCAAAAGGUUUUUUGCCUUCCUGUUGAUCCUGUAUACAUUACAAUUAUUGACAACUGUUGUGUUUUGUCAGAAUGUGGGUGCUAAGUUAGCUCAAGAUGAGCUGACAUUAAGUGAAGUAUUUUUCCCUAUAGUAUUGAUGUUACUUCUUGGUUACAUUCACUCAACGACAGUUGUAUCCCAGUCUCAUGUCUCACACAGAUCUCAAAGGGAUAUCAAAUCUAUAAGAGAAUAUCAGAUUAGGAGGAAAAGGAAUUUAUCAUCUUCAUCACCGAAUCAUAGUUGUGAAAAACCAUCAAGAAAUUCCUCAACACUGCUACAGGAUGUUGACAGAAAGUCUCCUCCUAGUGUCGAUCGACGUCCAAAGAGAGUUGUGAAAAAUAAGGAGUUUGUUGUGAAUCCAAAGAAAAAUGGUGGAAUUGAGAGUAAGUCCGUUAGCUGGAGUGAUGCUUAUCAGGAAGAAGCAUUGAGAAUUGUUCCGGAUGAUAGAAUUAAAAAACAGGAAAGUCAGGAUAGUGAAAUCACAACAGAUGAGGAGAAUAAUGGUUCUCUGAAAAGAGCAGAGAGCUUUGAUUCAGAAAUAGACAAAAAUAUAAACGAUUCAAAAAAGGAGAUAACUAGUGAUAAUCUAGAAAACUUGAAUCUUUCCCUUUCAGGGAAACCAGAAGAAAACAGUGGAAAUUGUAAAAAUGAUGACAAUAAAAAAGAGAAAUGUCAAUUAAAAUUAAAACUUUCUCAAGGUGGUUUUCCACAUCAAGAGAAUGGUGCUACAAAACAUAAACAUAACAAUUGCCAUAGCAACACUGGUGUAGACUUGUUGACCAGUGAUAUGCAUUUGGCAGAAAAAUGUGAAAAUAAUAUUAUUGAAGGUCUGAAAAUCCCAAACUUUACUGAUGGGACAAUUCUUAAAGUGGAAAAUUUAACUGCAGAGGAAGCUGUGGAAUUUAUGAACCCUUCUAUCGAUAGUUUGAGUUCUAUCACCAGCUCCAGUUCUGCUCCAGAGUCCAAUACAUUAGAGUAUGAGGGUACCAGUGAUUUAGAUAACCUUGCUGUAGGAGGCAGUGGAGUAGUAGAUUAUAAACAAACAGACAAAUUGCAAGCAAAAGACAACAAACCUGGAUCCAGUUCUUAUAGAAAUCCAAGGGAACAGUUGAAUAUUAUAAGACAUGGAGAAAACUUAAGUGAAGACAGUGGAAUUGAUUUUACCAACAAAACUCUAUUAUUUAGGUCAGAAUCUGUCCCCUUGCCUUCAUUACAUUCAAAACCUAAAAAGGAAGUGAUGUCAGAUACUGAUCAGGAAAGGAAUAACUCUGGGUCUGAAUCUGACAAAGAAACUCAACUAAAGGCUAAAACAGCCCUUCUUCAGGGCUUGAGACGACGCAGCCAUACUGUUGGAGAUGAAAGCAGUGAGUCUGGACCAUUUUAUAGAACGAAGAGAACAAUAGCUAGGAAUAAGGAAAGUUUAAAGAAAGAUCUCAGCUCCUCUGAUGGUGAAACAAGUCAAGCUAGUCAUACAAGUGGUCAUAAGCUGACCAGCUCUGAUUGGGAAGAUAGGGUACAAUCUGAUGACACAACUUCCACAUAUUCCAGUAGUUGUGGGUCAGAUGUUGAACUUGGAAAUGAGGCAGGGCAAGAAACAUCAACCACAGUGUUGAACUCUUCAUCAGCCAAUCAAACGGCAGGAGAGAACAACAUACAUGUAAUAAAUCUCCUUCAACCUCCCACCAGUAGUUCAACUUUAGGUCAUCAUUAUGUACCACCAGACAAAGUAAGCUGUGUCAUCUGGGAAAAGGGCGAAUGUCAGAAAGUGGAUUUAACUGCCCUGGAGUUAGGCUGGACAAUUAUAGAGAAAGUGGACGAUAUUCCAGAAAGUUCAGACUACAUACUCAUAGGCUUUACAUUUUCUGUCUUAUUGUGUUUGGUACCGCUAGUAUUCCGUCUUUAUCAUGUCAAAGAAUUUCCUAGCUUAAUGAGCCUGGAAAUCAUUAGUUUUUUAUCCAAAGUUUGGUGCUGUUUGAUGCAUAAUUCAUGGAGGUUGAAUCUAAUCAUGAUGAAUGGUAUUAUACAGAGAUUCUGGCUGAGUUCUGUCUUCUUUUUCCUUCUGUCUGUGGCUGACAGAACAUUUAAACAGAGAUUACUGUAUGCAAAACAUUUCUGUUACUUAACAUCAUCUAGGAGGGCAAAGAAAUUUGAUAUGCCACACUUCAGGUUAAAUAAAGUCCGAAAUAUUAAAACGUGGUUGUCUAUCAGGUCUUAUUUAAAGAAACGAGGUCCCCAGAGAUCUGUAGAUGUCAUUGUUUCAGCAUCAUUCCUUAUCACCAUAGUGCUCAUAACAUUAAUGUGUUUGCAGUUAUUAAAAGAUGCAGACACAUAUUUAGAUUUCCUGUGUAACUGGGAGUUACUGUUCUGGAGUAUGACACUUGGUGUCUAUCUCUUCCGAUUUCUUACGCUUGGUCUAAAAAUUAACAAAAAGUAUCGUAACCUAUCUGUACUCAUCACGGAACAGAUUAACUUGUAUCUUCAGAUGGAACAGAAGCCUCACAAAAAAGAGGAACUGAUGGUAGCUAACAAUGUACUAAAACUAGCGGAGGAUCUAUUGAAGGAACUUGAGAGUCCAUUUAAAGUGUCAGGGAUUACAGCAAACCCAGUCAUAUACAAUAUAACCAGAGUUGUUGUAUUGUCAGCAUUUUCUGCUGUCCUCACAGAACUUCUUGGAUUCAAGCUCAAGCUCUAUAAAAUCAAACUUAAGGCUUAAUGAAGACACAUGUUUCACCUAACAGUCCCUCAUAGAAAGUCCAGAUCAAGUUCUACAUGAUCAAGCUUAACAGAGUUAAACUUCAGUCAUACGCAAGAAAAGGCAGCCACAAAGCUCAACAGAUCGAUAUCGAGACUUACAUUAAUGGAAAAGAAUUACCGGUAGGCAGUUUUCAGAAACCUGGUAUUAAGCUCUAAUUUCUAUAAAAUGAAGAUGUGUUCCUUAUAAAGGUUGUAGUAUUUCCAUUAUAAUGUUUUUUGUUGACUCAAUUUAAACGAAUAUUGAGUCAAAACAGAACAUUUAGUUGAUAUAAAUUUUACUUUCACCCUCAUUGUUGAAGGGCUCAUUAUAAUUAUAGUUACUAUCAUCUUAAUCAGGUAGCAUACAUAGUUUACUGUCAAUCUAUAUCUCUAUAUAACUUUUUUUCUGUCUAUUAGGGCCAAACCAUUUGAGUAUGAACUUUGCGCAUUUAAUUAUUUGUGAACCACGAUUUUAUAUUACUGUGAGUUCAUUAUUAAAGGUGGGAUACCAAUUUUAAUUGAUUUCAUAGGUAUAUGAGACCUCAAAUUUUAGUGUUCUGUGAAGUACAAAUUUUUAUAAGCUCAUAUGCAGACUUUGCCAAAACCACCAAAUGCAAGGCCACAUUUAAAAAUAUGUUUGUUUCCCCUCUCCCGACCCUGGAUUUCACAGGAGGGUAGGAAGGUUAGUCAAAAGUUUUUUGUUUUCUCCAGCAGUAUUCAAUAUAUAUAUUGUAAAUUUCCAUGACUGUAUCGUUUCUUGACUUUUGAUAGAAUCCGAUGGAAAAUUAGAAACUUCCAGUCAACAGAAAAUGACAAUCGAUACCUGAAACGACCCCGAAAUUUUUCCAGAAAUAAAAAAAAAAUAUCGCAAAAAAAACAGAAUAAAAACUUUUGGGUCGGUGGGACUUUCUAUGAGUCGGUUGGGCGAGGGAAAACAAACCAUAUCUUUAUUUUGGCCCAAUAUCCUCUAAAACACAUUUUUUUCUCAGUCCAUGAAAAUUGAUAAUUAUGAAAAAAAAUGAAUCCACAGUAUAUAUAAUCAAACUAGUCAACCUGUUAAUCAGUCAUUCUUUUGUUAUAUGCCCAAUGAUUUGUUUGGCCAGUAUAAAUGUCAUAGUAUUAUUCUUUCAUUGGUUAUUAAAUAAAAGUCAUAUGUAUUUUAACCCUUAAGGGGCACCUUUGAUCACCUUGGUUUUAAGUGGGAUUCAUAUUACUUAGUCUUAAUGUUUUUUAUGUAGAGUUAUGUGGACUUGUUGGUCUUUCUGUCUUUUUUUUUGUUUUUUGCCAUACAGUUUCUUUUGACUUAUAAGUGAGUUUUGAAUGUCCUCCUCGUAUCUUCCUCCACUUUUUUAUGCUCCAUGUAGUAAACGAGCAAAUUAAACUUCAUUAAUCUUUGUUCAUACUCAAGAAUAUAUGCUUGAAAUACAACAAUGACUGUUAGACUUGAAUGAGUAAUAGUUUUAUAUUUGAACAUUUGUAUAAUACAUACUAAACAUUGUAUAUAAUACACACUUUCUGAUUUCUGUAAAGAUCUCAAAGGUCAUACAUACAUAGUUUGCAUUGUGAUAGUUCUAUUGUGAAAUCAUUAAUCGUCUUAAGACAAUGUGUUCAUGGUAGUAAAAAUUUCUUGCAUUUAAUUUAUGUAAAAAAAAUUAUUUCAAUAGCCGACAACUGUCAAACAGGUUCUGUAUAUCUGCAGUUUGUCAUUUAUCUGCACUUU